UUUUUUAUCAGCUCUUAAAAUUUACAGUAGUAGUCUCAGGUAUAUAUCGCUACUCAAAUGUGCUUUUGGGUGGAAAUUUGUAAGAACAACCAGCAUGGAAAUCAUUUGGGAGGAAAUAAGUCCGUUUGAAUAUAAUACACUUUAUUUAUAGUCCGCUUUAUCUCUCUGGAGGGACUCAGAGUGAUUGCAGUAUACAUAUAAAAGGCAAAUAUUCAAUGCCUUUUAUACAGUGAACAAUUACAUAUAAAACACAGACAGACAGAGACCUUCCAUCUCUGGCGUCUGGAGUCAGUGCUCAACUCUGGUCAUAGGGAGGCACUCUUGUUCCAUUUUUCCAUGCCAAGGAGCCUGUUGUCCAUAGACAUCUCUGAUCUUGUUGCCAUCAUGUCUGCAUGUUUGCAUUGGGUGCCCUUUUACCUUCUUGCCGAGGAAGUACCUAUUGAUCUACUUGCAUUACAUGCUUUCAAAUUGCUAGGUUGGCAGAAGCUAGGGUUGACUCGCGGCUUCGGGCUGCUAACCGGUCAGCAGAUUUCCUACAGCUAGCCAUUUAACCCACUGCACUACUGAAUGAACUCCCUAAUUUGAUCUAAGAACCCUCUAUAGACUACGGGGAACAUUUUCUAAUAAUCUGGCAGUAUUGCAUUGCAAUAUUUGAAAGUUCCACGUACUAUGACAUUUUGAUUAGAUACUCAGCAUGAAAAGCUGUGUAAUGGAUGGAGAUAGAGAACUGAGAAUAUGAACCAUAUUCCUGACAACAGAACUUUUAUCUGAUAAAAAUCAACAAAAAAAUUAUCUUCUAGGUCUAUCAAAACAAUAGAGAAGGUUUAAUUUAAUUUAAUUUCAUUUGUUAGUCUCAGAUAGAGCAGACCUAAUGAAUCAGUGGAAUUUAGAUAAAUACUGUACAUCAAAUCUCUACAAAUAGGCGGGACUGAAAAUUAGAUUGAAGCCCAAAUUUUGUUUUGUUUUAUGUCCUCUCCCAAGCAGCCCCUUCCAAAGAGCUGAAGGAAGAACUGCCCGCCCCCUCGUAAUUUCCCUCCCCAGGACUUCUCACUUUCUCCCUUCCCACUUCAGUUUUUCUCAACUUUUCCAGCACCCCUUUUCCACUCAGUUUUCUUCUUUCCUACACCAGUCUUUACUAUCCCAAGCCCCUUUCCCCCACCUUUCCAACUCCCUUUCCAUCCCACCCUUUCCCAGGUUCCAGCCUCUCUUUCCUAUUUCAGUCUUGUCCCUUUUCCCUUGGCAGUUUCCCAUUUUCCUAGCCCUUCUUCUCAUACCAGUCUUUCCCACUUUCCCAGCCCCUUUUCCCACCUCAAUCUUUCCCACUUCUUCACUUGCCCCCUUCCCACACCAGUGUUUCCACCUUUCCAGCCCUCCAUAUUGCAUCCCAGUCUUGCUCAUUUUGCAGUCUUCCUUUCCCCAUCCCAGUCUUUUCCAGCUCCGCCUCUUUCCCACCACAAUUUUCCUAGCUUUUUUCAGUCUUCCCCUUCACAUUCUAGACUGGGGUCUUUCCCACUUUUCCAGCCUGCCUUUCCAUCCCAACCAAUCUCAGUUUCCAGCCCCCCUUUCACACCUCAGUCAUUCCCCUUUCCCCAGUCUCCCCCUUCCAACCCCAAUCUGUCCUACUUUUCCAGCUACCCUUUUCCAUCUUAUUUUCCCACAUUUUCAACCACCCCUUCCCAUUCCAACUUUUUCCCAUAUCCAGUAAUAGGAAUAUAUUUUCAUAACCUGUUAAGAUUAUGAUUCCAAUAUGGUUAAACAUUCAUGCAGAGCAGUAAAAACGCAGAAGACUAGGGGUUUAUGUGAGCAGAGGUAAAAAGAAAUUAAACAAUAAGACCAAAUAUCCAGCCUCCCUUUCCCUUUAAAAAGUCAUGCGCAUAAAAUAAGCAUCAGAGACAUCAAAUAAAAUAGCAAAAAUAUGUUUACUCACAAUCUUGUAUGAUGAUGGUCAUACAGGCAAAAACAUCUUAGUUCCAAAGAAAAACAGUUCAGGAAACUACAUAUCUCUUAACAGACAGGAACAUCAGCAUGGCAUGGUCAGGAGCGAAGAGGAAGAGACAGGAAGAGGCAUCUGUACAUCACUUCCUGUGUGUCCCCAGAAAGGAUACACCCAUUUCCCAUUUCAUAUGCAAAACCCCCUUAAUGGUGUCAUCAACUCUGGAAUGCAGCUCUGUUCAGGUUACUAAGCAACAGACAUAACUAACUACAUAAACCAUCCCACAUUGAAAAUGCAUGCAUGAUUGCUUAGAUAACCCAACAUCCAGUCCUCCUUUCCCACCCCCUUCCCAAGCCAGUGUUUCCCAAUUUUUCUUAUUCAGAUACACAGCAUUUCCCCCAAAAUGUACACCAUAGCUAAAAUAAGCAAUCGUGUUUAUUGGGUAUUUGAUAAGACAUGGGGCCAAUGUAGCUGCUGUGAAUAGUGAAGGUGAAGUCCCAUCUGAUCUUGCAGAGGAAGCAGCUAUGAAAGAUCUGCUCUUGGAACAAGUAAAGAAACAAGGCAUAGAUCUUGAUCAGGCCAGAAAAGCAGAAGAGCAACAAAUGCUGCAAGAUGCACGGCAAUGGCUAAAUAGAGGGAAAAUUGAAGAUAGAAGGCAGCCCAGAACUGGUGCUGCCGCUCUCCAUGUAGCUGCAGCUAAGGGCUACUAUGAGGUGAUGAGACUCUUGAUCCAAGCUGGGUUUGAUGUAAAUGUUCAGGAUAAUGAUGGCUGGACUCCACUUCAUGCUGCUGCACAUUGGGGAGUGAAGGAAGCUUGCUCUAUACUGGCUGAAGCGCUCUGUGACAUGGACAUUAGGAACAAGCUGGGUCAGACACCAUUUGAUGUUGCUGACGAAGGACUGGUUGAACACUUAGAAAUGCUGCAGAAAAAACAAAAUAUGCUUCGAAGUGAAGAGACAAGAAGCAAGCUAAUUGAAGCUAAUAUGAAUGGUAAACUUCAAAGUGGACUUUUCAAGAACAAAGAAAAGAUUCUUUAUGAGUCGGAUACAUUGAAAUCCUUGAGGAGAGAAGAGGAAAACAAAGAAUCCAGUAGUUCUAGCUCUGAAGAUGAAGAAGAAGCUGAGGAAGAUGAUGCAUCAGAGUCAGAUACUGAAAAAGAAUUGGAAAGAAAGGAAGACUCUGUUGCUAACCAUUCCAAUCAUGAACCUAGAAUGCUCAUUACAGAGUCAGUACCACCACCACAGCAUAACUCUUUUACUAUGGCUCCUGCCAGAAAAUUUGCUUCGUUAUUGAACAAAUCAGAAGAGCAAAAGGAUGAAUCUCCCUCAUCGUGGAGGCUAAGUCUUAGAAAAACUAGUAGCCAAAAUACGCUUAGUGAAAGCAGUACUCCUUGCGACACAUUGAAGGAGAAGGGCAGCUCAAUCUAUCGCUCCUCAUCAACCCCUAGGAUUUCUGCACUAUUAGACAACAAAGAGAAGCAGGACAAGGACAACAAAAUCUAUUUUGCUUCAAUAGCUCCACGAAGAUUGAACAGUACUGGUGACAUAGAAGAAAAGGAGAACCGGGAAUCUGCUGUUAACUUGGUACGAAGUGGUCCUUAUAGCCGGCAACAAUGGCGGGACGAGCCAAAAGGAAAGGAAUCUGCUGUAACUAGUGCACCUUCCACCUAUGUAUCCACAUACAUGAAAAGUGCUUCAUUUGGUAGAAGUAGUGACCUCACCAGUCCCUACAUUUCAGCCAAUCGUAAUUCAUCUUCUGCUACCUCACCCACUAUCCUUGGUUCAUCUACCUCAUUGGGCACAGAGUGGCAACUUGCCUCUUGCCCCACAUCUGUCAAUUUUAACACUACAGCAUCAGUCCGUCAGUAUACCAGAACUCCUUACAAGCAACAAACUGACCCUACUGUAGAGAAGAGCACAGAUAGCAUCUCUUCUAGCAUUCCGUUAAGCGUCAUAACAAAUCUCACUGUACCAAGUAGUGCCAAUGGUGUUACAACAACUGCCAAUUCUAACUCAUUGACUGGAACAGAGACUUCUGCUGGUGAUGCCAGGGACCGAAGAAGGUCGUAUUUAACUCCAGUACGCGAUGAAGAAGCAGAAUCUCUGAGAAAGGCACGAUCCAGACAAGCUCGCCAAACUCGCAGGUCUACACAGGGUGUAACACUUACAGAUCUUCAGGAAGCAGAGAAAACCUUCAGCCGGUCUCGGGCAGAGCGGCAAACUCAGGAACAGCCAACUGAAAAGUCAGAAAGAACUGAAGCAACAGAGGAAGGAGUUGAGAGACAAAAAGACACUGCAGCAAAUGAACUCAGGGAGACUCACUCACGAUGGAGUAGAAACUUGGACGAAGAGUCUCUGGGUCAUCGAUUGAGGUGUUCAGCGCAACAAGACAAACCCACAACCCCCACCUCUCCUUCCUUAGCUCCGUAUCUUUAUUCGAGUUCUCACCUGCCCAGGACAAGUAAAUCGUCUAACAUAGUGAGCACAGAAGACUUCCAAAGCACAUCUGCCGAUGAAAUGGAGAAAAACGAAUAUGAAGAUCCAGAUUUGGAUGACAGAACCUCAAACAAGCAGUCAGUUAGAGAAAGGAGAAGACCAAAAGAUAGACGAAGAGGCACAGGAAUCUCUUUCUUCACAAAGGAGGAUGAGGAAAUGGAUGGCACUGAAGAAGUAAAAGAGGACAAGCAUGAAAGACUGUCCAGGUUGGAUGCAGCAAGCUCAAGCACUGGUACCAGUGAUAGCUAUGGAGAUCGUUCCUCAGGUCGUAGCAGUGCCUACACCAGAAGAGAGAAUCGUUUGGCUGCCCUCAGAUCAGAAGAGGAUAGUAGCAAGGAUUACAAAAAACUCUAUGAGAGUGCCCUGUCUGAAAAUCAAAAAUUGAAAUCAAAACUGCAAGAUGCCCAGAUGGAACUUGUUGAUAUCAAAGCAAAGAUGGAAAAGAUAGCACAGCAGAAGCAGGAAAAGACCUCUGACCGUUCAAGUAUGCUUGAAAUGGAAAAGAGGGAGAAACGAGCCCUGGAGCGGAAGCUCUCUGAAAUGGAAGAGGAGAUGAAGAACCUUCACCAGCUCAAACAGAUUCACACUUUGAGGCAGAUGAAUGAGCAGCUGCUGGCCGAAAACAGGGCUUUGACUCGGGUUGUAGCCAGGCUCUCGCAAUCCACUGAGUCCCCAGAGUCAGAAGAGCUAUAGCAUCUCCCCCUCCAGUUGAUCUCACUUCUUCUUCCACUCUUUCAGGUUUUGACAGAGCUGAAGUCAGACAAUCAGCGGCUGAAAGAUGAAAAUGGAGCACUCAUCCGGGUCAUCAGUAAACUCUCCAAGUAGUAUGUUGACCCAGGGACAGACUUAAAGAUGACAUUUCUGUGCACAAGCUGCCACCUGCUUCUGAUCUUCCUGUUGAAAGAACUGCUGGCAUUUCAGAUAUAGAUCAGCUGACCACACAUACUACUUGCACUUGGCUGGGCAUUCCCAUAUUGCACAGUGCUUAUCCUCUCCUAUGCGCCAAGACAUGACAUAUCCCACACACACUCACACGCUCUUUCUCUCUCUUUAUUAUUUUUAGAAUGUUGAUGUUAUUCAGAGGGACAAACACUGGAUUGGCGCUCUAUGAGAUGCCCGAACCAUCUUCUUUAUGCCCCAUGUCCGUCCAUGAUAACCUGAGAUAAAGAAGCAACUACUGUAAUAAAGAAAUGACCCAACAUGUCUUAAGAUACUGCCUUGGAGUAGGAAUAAAGUGGAACUGAGAAUUGUCAUUGAGGAUUACUCAAUGUCUCUUCUGGAAUUUGGGAAACUGCAAUCUGAAUGCCAUAAGAGAGUCUGACAACAUUUAUUCGGCUUUGGAGAUUCAUGUUUUUCACAUGUCUCAAUCGCUGACAGAUUUAUUUAAUGUAAUAUUUUAAGUUUAAUUGAAUAGUGAAGACCUAUAAAUGGUUUUUCCUUUGGUUUUGCUUCACCUUUGUGGCCCUCAACUUGCUUCCUGCUGUUGCCUUCCAUUGUUGCCUUCUCUGGUACUAUUGAAUAAUGGUGUGGUCUUAUAAACCCUGCAUUCUGUAGCUAAUAAUUUAUUUCAUUCAUUCUUCAAGAUUUUCAGUAGAACCGGUGAACCAGAAAACUUUCCUUACUCAGUUUCCAGUUGUAUAACAUACCCUUGCAUAAGACGCCAGUGUACAUUUUUUAAAUAGCAAAAUGCUCAUUUUUAUGUGAAGUAAUAAUGUUGUAUGAAGAGCUCUACAAAAUACCUGGGCAAAUGAAGUGAUUGUUAUUAUCAUUUUAAUGGGUGCAAAAGCAACUGAAGAUGUACGCGUUCUCCAUUUUUAAAGAAGAAGAUUGGUGGUAGAGAUGCUUAUCCCUUGUGGGAAAUGACCCUUGAUUUGCAUGGAAGGUCUUGAUAAAAGUACCAUGUAAUGUUUGAGAAUCUUAAUAUAGUGAUCAUUUUCACAGCUGUAAAACAUGAAUGAGCCUGCUUUUAAUAAGGACAUUAUCUGCAAGAUCUAAAUGGUUUUAAAAAAACAACAUGUUUGUCCUGGAAAUUUUCAGAUUCUCAGAAUAUAGCUGCUUCAGACACUCUGUUCUUCUGACUUCUGUGAAAAACAACAUUUCAUUUGCAAAUCCUAUUUUAAAAAUGUCCUGCCAAUAAUGUGAUCCUAUGCCAGUAGGGUUGUUCUUGUGUUUCUUUUUCUCUUGUAAAGCAUGAUAUCAAUUUCAUAAAGAUAAAAUUCUGACCUAGAUUUAGGCAAGCAUCACGCCUGAUUAGGAAGGAACCUUUGUUAUCUGAAUACAGUCACUCAUAAAUAGGUAAAUAGUGGCAAUACAGGCUUUUCUGUCAAUGUUUCUCAACAUUUGAUCUUCGUCUUCUUUUAGAUUUUUCAUAUUUCUCCAUAGGUUCCUCUCAUUUUCCACCAGCUAAGAACUACAUAGAAUCCUAUUAAGAUUGAGAGAUCAGCUCCUCUGGACUAAGCUUCUUUGUAAAGACAAAGAUCUCAGAUUCUAUUAUUAUGAACAGAUUUGAGUUUGCUUCUUUUUGAAUAGAAAGAAAAUAUACCCUGAGUUAUAAGCAAACACUUGCUUUUUUGUUUGUUUGGUCUGACAUUUUGUCAUAUUUUGAACAGCAUCAGAAUAGAUCAAUUCUCUGUUACCAAUCCAUAUACUUUGCUGAUACUGCAUCUGGUAUUCUCUUAUUGCCCCAUUUAUUUCAUACCUUUAUGUCACUGGGUUGGUGGUUAUUUGGUUGUCCUGCUCUUUAUGCUUAAACAAUCUGCAACUUGUGCUGACCUGAGAGGGGCCUUGAUGCAUGCACUGAUCCUUCUGCAAGUGGUACCUUCCAGCUCUAGGGCAUAGUAGGUUGCUAAUCCUGCUGCUUUUGCAUGAGCAAGGAAUUCUCUGGAUCCUUUUCAGAUCCUACUAUGAAAGUUCAAUUAACAGCAAAGAAGAAAACUGCAUCUAGUGCUUGUAAUCUAUGCUACUGUGAUACCUGCAUUCCCUUAUUGCCACCACUUACCAAGAUGUAAUAGAUGCAAUGACUCUCCAGUUAUAAUGUACGCAACCUUAACAUCGAAGAUUGGGAUAUGUGAUACAGCAGGAUGAAUGGUGCCAUAUGAAAUCAAGACUUUUACAGUUGGAAUAUCAUACAUAUUCUUGCAUUUUUCUUGGGUUGAAAACUUUGUGAAUAAAUCCAUUUCUUUGACUUGAUUUACAAGCCAAAACAUUGCUUGUAACAGUCUACCAAAAAUAGAGAAUCAGAUCAUUCUUAUGACAAAUGCUAGUGGUCAUAUGUCAUGCAGUUUAAUGUUUUAGGUCUCAUUUUGAUAAAAUUUUCAGUAUUUUAACAACUAGAUUUGGUUUCUUUAGUAGAAAGUCAAAGCUUCUCCAAAUCAAUUAUUAGGAGAUUUGGAGAUCAGCACUGAAGUGAAUAAAGGCCACGAUUUUGUAUGAUGCUUUUAGCUCAUGCACAUCAUCCUUUUGUUUCCUGCAUUUAUGCCAAGGUAUGGCUAAACCAGGAAAUAUCUAAUUAGUUUCCAUUUCACUUGAUUGUAUAAUUGUGGUUAUCCAUUGUGGAACAAGAUAAUAUAUCUGUAAUCAUGCUGUGAAAUUAGUUCUAGUUUCUUGGUUAUUCUUAAGCUGAUUUGGGCAAAAUAGGCAGCUAUGGCUUUCUCGGUUAAUCAUGGUUCAAGCAAAAGGGUCGUGAAUGUUUGCAAAGGCCCAUGCAUAUCCUAGCCUGUGGUUUUAAAAGUGGAAUAAACUUUACUGAAGAAUUCAGGACAGAAUACUCAUGCUGAAUCUGUUUUUAAUAAAAUCAAAAAAAAAUACAACUACUGAAUAAUGCUUCUUUCCUGAUGUAUUAUAUUGCUAUAUUUUAAUGCACAUAUGGAUUUUAUAUAAUGUUAUUAUUGUGCAGUCUGCUGGAACAUUCUCUGCAUAAAAUGAAUAUUAUGUAAGAAAGACGUUGGAAGUUUAUUCUGCGAUAAGAGAGCUUUUAGCCAUGUGGAUACUGGAGGUUUUUCUUUUUAAUUGAAAGUGGACCCUCUCCUGACUACUGUCUUACUUUUGCAGGUAUUGUACAUUGUAAGAUAUAUCUGCAUAUCAAAGAUCUUAAAAGACUUCUGCCACAUCUAUGUAGAUUUUUCCAUGCAAUUUGAUUUAAAAGGUAUAGCUUCAAGUAAGGUAGAAACAGGAGUUGGUUUUACUACUUAAAAUUGAUAAAGCUUGAAGUUUUAAUGGGAUCAUUGUUAGUCAAAUGAACAUUUUAGAUGAAAGCAGAGACAUUCAAAAGGGGCUGAGUUUGGGAAGCAAAUGCAAAUACAAAAGAAAUCUUGAGAGCUAAUGUUUGUUUGAUAGGAUUUGUUGCUGUGUGCCUUAAAGUUGUUCCUGACAUUUAGUGACUUUUAGCCAACCAUGUCACAGGAUUUUCUUGUCAAAAUGUGUUCAGAAAAGGUUUGCCUUUGCCUUUCUCUAAGAACUAGAAAGUGUGACUUGCCUAAGGUCACCCAGUUCAUUUCCAUGCCUGAGCAGAUAUUUGAUAGUACAAUGUUUUAGUAAUAUAGAAGAGCCAGUAUUAUAAAAGAACUCUUAAGAAUGAUUUUGAAAAGCACCACAAAUUGGAGAAAGAAAGUAAUAGUGAACCUUUAUUCAUCUGUUGAAGUUGGAUACUAUGAUAAGCAUUUGUUAUCAGUAUUCAUGUUGAUUUACAGUUAACAGGAAAUUUCAUGGGUGAAUCAAAAAGUUGUUGAGAUGGCAGACAGGGAGCCCCUUAUCUCCAGCAAUACAAGAUUUGUGGCAAUAUUUCAAUCUGUCAAAUAAGUUAAUUUUAGAGUGAUUAAUUGUUUCCAGCCUACAAAUACUAGAUUUUGAUCAUUGGAAACCAGCCCAUAGAACUGAAAGCAUAGAUAUAGGACUGCCACAUGGCCUUGUUUCUUUUGCAGCUUGUAGAUAAAAUCCAAUUUUGAUUGUUCAUUCAAAGUAAACCUCUUAUUCUCACAGUGCAACAUCUGACUAUAAGAUUAGCCAUGGUACUGUUUGCCAGUAAAUCAUAUAUAUGUUAAGGGAUACUGUAGCACAUUUGAGACUGAGUAAAGCAACUUCAAGGAGAGAUUAGAAAAAGAAACAGCAGAGCUGGGAUAUAUCCAGAUUUAACAGGGUCAGUGGUUUCCUGGUACACUGUAUAUAUUAGAAUACUAAUUAAUACUCUGCCUCAUGCAGGGCUUGCUCAUUUUAUCACAGCUCCUUUCUCGUUCCUUGCCAGCAGCGUACUAUAUUGCAAGGACUCCCUGCACCAUUCUUAUAAGUAUCUACUCACCUUGGCUUAAGGCAGCAUUUUCCCUUCCACCUAGGUCCUCUAAUGAUCAUCAACAUUGUUAAAACUGAACGUGCCAUCAUCGUAUCCGCAGGCUUUGUAUUUCUGUUAUUGUUCACACAUGCAACAUGCACUUUAAUGGGUCUAAAUGUCAUUUCCUAGGCAUUGCACUCCAUGUAUUUAUGAGGUGUUCCAAGCUUCUUUCUGUCUCAGAAGUGCUACAGGAUCCCUUUCCAUACCGAUUCAGAGUAACAUGUCUGUGUCUUAAUCGUAUCAUAUGUAAUCUCUUCCCUUGUUUGAAUACAUAGAGACUAACAUUUGCUUUCCAUUAGGGAAGGCCAAAUUCUUGACUGAAUUAAUAGGAUGAUAAUGGUCAAGGUAAAAUAAAUAUCCCAAUAUUCCUUAAUAUGUGCGUGUAUAUGAUAGAUAAGACAGCAUAAUGUAGUGGGUUGAAGGCUGGACUAUAGAGACUAGGGUUUGACUCCCCACUCAGCCAUCAAAACUCACUAAGUGUCCUUAGGCAAGUCACACUCUCUGUCAGGAAUACAAAGGCAAAACUCCCUCUGAUUAAUUCUUGCCAAGAAACCUCUGUGAUAGGUUCACAUUGGAUCGCCAUAAAUUGCCAACAAUUCAAAGGCACCAGCCCUUUAACUAAUACAACAUGUGAUAAAUAUCUCAUACAGUAAGAGUCAGAUAUAUUCCUUUAUUCACAUACUUGCUGCAUUAGAGCCUGGAAUUUUCUGAAAAAUUGAUUUGAUCAUCCAUCUCAGUAACAUGCAUUAUCAAGGCACACAUACACCCAUCCACCCAAGAUUAGUUCUUUGUGAAAAGAACCAAGAUGUUUUAGAAGAACUUUCAUAGUUCCAAUACAGAGUCAUAAGCAGGUCCUUGUUUGAGUGUUUAUUAGUAUCUGAAAGGGAUUUUUUUUUUUGUGGUAGGACUUUGUACAAAUAAAUUAGAUUGCAGGAUCCUCCCUUUGUCCCUGAAAAUGUUUGUGAUUUGUACUCACACUGCUGCAGCUUUUUAUUAUACUCUUGAUGGUUAUGAUCACACUUUCCUUGUCAUCACAUGUUCUUGACUUUCCACAUACCAGCUGAUGCACUACCAUAUUAGCUUCCGGUGCUGUGAGCAACAUCUGAUUUUGAAAGUCCAGCAUUCUAGAUGCAUGUUUCCCUCCAGGGGCAUUUCUAGGUUGGUUUCAGACUUGCAAAAUCUCCAGGGUGUUUUUCUUGAAUGAUUUCUGUUUAAAUUCACAUUCACAUUCAUGUUUGAAAUCUUUGUGUGGUUCUGCUAAAGGCAGCAUGUUUCUAGGAGGUAUUUUACCAAGAUAACUCCUUAGAUGCUCACAGGUGAAGUCAACCCAUCUCCCAGGAGAUUCUGUUCUCUGAUUUUAUCUCUCUUCUGGGGCAAGUUGUACCCAUGCAAUUUACAGUGUGUUGGCGCUAAAACCACUGAAGUAACAGCAAGGCCAAGCCAUUGUCAUAAGAUCUGUUGUGCUUCUUCCCACUCCAUUUUAGUCCAUGCUGUUGUGGUAUCUGUUUACAAACCCUUUCUCCAAAUGGUAACUCUUGGAAAAGAAAGAGAGGUGUUGAGCUGUUGGCUUGCUAAUUUCCAUUUGCAAGUGUUCGUACUUACCUGUUUUAAGGAGAGGUUUACCUAUCUUUGUAAAUAUGCUACUUGGAGAAAAGACAAGCCUGUGAGUGAUGGAAAAGAAUGUAUUUUUAUGCAACCUUUGAGUGGCCUUUCAAACUGAGAUGAAUGGUUUUGUUUUCCUGAUUGUUAUAUAGUAUUCUAAGUAUAUGUUUGAAAAUUUGAGAAUAAUAUUCACAUCUAUGAUGCUUGUAAACACAAACAGUAUUUAUAAAUGAAUAAAGUAAGUGUUUUAACACUGA